AUGAAUUUCCGAAGCAACAUCUCUGCUCUGAAUGAAGAUAUCAUAGUUGAUCAGCUACUUCAUAGCCAUGAUCCAGACGGUCGCUGGCUUGAUUCUGAAAUGCUGCUUCAAGAAGUUGAAACCAUCUUGAGCUUUGUUCGGCAAAAUAAUGUGAGAUCGACAAUUAAAAUGCCACUAAACUUUCAGGUUUCUACGCCACUUUUGACAGAGGAUUGUAUUACCAACAUUGAAGUUUCUGAAUCAAAGGAACCGCUACCAUACGCUGUCUCCAGAAUCUCUGUUCAGAUGCUUUGUCCAUGCAUGGGGGAGAAUGAGAUCCAGACAAGAACAAUGGCUUUGUUUGAUCUUCUGAAAGAAUACAGAUGGGAUGCAAAAGCUGUGUUAGUAUUAGGAGCCCUUGCUGCAACAUAUGGACGACUAUUGCUACCAAUUCAUCUAGCCUUCGGCGAUCCCGUCGCAGCAUCAAUUGCAACACUUAACCAGUUGCCUAUCAAUAGAACUAACUUCAGACUAUGGUCAAACUCUCUAAGCUUGCUCAUUAAAGCUAUGGUGGACGUAACCAAAUGCAUCGUUGAGUUUGAAAGACUUCAAUUUAAACAAGCGAAGCUAGACAACAACAUCGCGGGAGAAACCAUGUCUAACAUCUAUCUGGCUACUUACCAGGUUGUCAAAAGUGCACUUGCAUGCCUGCAGCAGAUCCCUCAUUUCAAGCAAAUCAAGCAGGCAACGGAAUCAAGAAGAGCAGCAGGGGAACUGUCUAGUUUGGGAUAUCAGUUACGCAACAUACAUACCCGCCUCAACAAGCAGGUCGAAGAAUGCAGUACACAAAUAGAGGAAGAAAUCUAUCGAAGGCUCAGAAACAUUAACACGGAGACUCAUCAAGACAAUCAAGAGGUACUCCAGCUACUUUUUUCUCUACAAGAUGAUUUCCAACUUCAACAAUACUCCAAACAGAUGGCUACAACUGAGCUGAAGGAAAAGGUAAUACUGCUGCUAUUAUCAAAGCCAGAACUCCUACCUAUAGAGCCACUUCUCUUUAUGCUUCAACAGUUAUACGAUCAUCCAUCUAACACAACCACAGAACAAAACUAUGAGAUCCUAUGGAUUCCAAUACCAUCGUCACAAAAAUGGACAGACGAAGAGAAGGGAAACUUCAAUUUCUUCUCCAAUUCCCUACCAUGGAUCUCAGUAAGGCGGCCAUGGUUGAUGAGCUCUACAGUACUGAAUUUUUUAAGAACAGAAUGGCCGUAUCGAGAUGGUGAAACAAUGGUGGUGGUGAUGGAUCCUAAAGGAAGAGUUAUGAAUAUGAAUGCCAUGGAUAUGGUGUUGAUAUGGGGUAUUAGGGCAUAUCCAUUUUCAGUAUCUAGAGAAGAUGAACUUUGGGAAGAAGAUGGAUGGUCUAUGCAGCUCUUACUGGAAGGCAUUCAUCCUGCAUUCGAGACAUGGGUGAAAGAAGGGAGAGAAAUCUGCAUAUUCGGAAGCGAGAAUUCGAAUUGGGUGGACGAAUUCAAGUCACUAGCACGAAGAAUUCAAAAUCAAGGGUUCCAGUUUGAGCUGAUUUACCUCAAUAAACGCACAAUAACCUCUGAAUCAGCCAUGGAAGAGAGCUCCAUCUUGUUCAGUCCAGCUAUACAACAGCUCUUCUGGCUACGAUUAGAGAGCAUCAAACGAUCAAAACUCAAGCGAAGUGAAUCAUCGAAAUCCGAUCGCGUGUUUGAAGAAGUCACCAAACUCCUUGACUUCGAUUACGGUACACGCAAGGGUUGGGGUAUCAUUGGAAAGGGAUCGACGGGAGAAAUCGUCCGGGUAGACGGAGAGAAUAUGACGGAGAGGAUGAGGCGGAUUCUGCGGUGGGGAGAAUAUGCGACGGGACUUGGUUUCACGGAGGCGAUUCAAAUCGCGGCGGAGAAGCCGUGUGAAGAGAGUCACACGGUGGUGGUUCCGUUUGAGGAGGGUUCGACAGUGAGAGUUGUCACGUGCGAGAAAUGCAAAAGGCCCAUGAAGAAGUUUGUCGCUUAUCAGUAA